AUGCUCCUCGUCAUAUUCCAAGGUAUCCUGGUUUUGCUAGUAGCUGCAACGGUAAUAACGGUAACCCGUGCAGGGCCAGCGGCCAACAGUGGUGGCAACAGUACCGGAGCCUACUACCAGCAUCCAUACCAGAACGCGUUAAUGGACAGUGAAGCCGCCUUUCUGGCUCUCAGUGAGGACCACCACAUCGAACGAUAUAAACAGGGUGGUGGACCUAUCAGGAGUCCCAGAAACCAACGCGAGCCAAGAUUCAUCAGCUUUCAAACUAGGGAUAAUAACAUCGAGGUCGAGGUCCAGUUUGCCAUUCCUUUCCUCUCAGUUCCGGUGAAAAAAUCUGUUGACGGUAUGAUGAGUACGUUUCAAAAGGGUACAGCUCUGCUGAAUGUGAAUGUUGCAGCUGUGGCAUUAGCCGGUAUCCUGGCAUUGGGGAGUGCUUUCAUAGGAGGCCUUGCGAAACUUUUGAAAGGUUACAGUUUAGGAGAAACUCAUGGACCUUUAGGUCAGAAGCGAGAGGAUACUUCCGGGUUACCAAAAACGGAAAAGGCAUAUGACCAAAUCAGCUGGUGGACGGUACUGGAGGCAGUGGACAAGAGCUUGCAAAAGUUUGACAUCGAUUCGACGGCCUGCACGCAGCGGACGGUCUGUUGGUACGUGAAAGAAGCGAUGAACAAUGUGGAAGAGCAGCGGGCCAAUAAUUUGGAGAUUUUGGUCAACGGGCUAAGCAGUGCGGACUGGGCAAUGAAAUUUACCACCGGAACAGCAAUAGAGGAUGCAAUACGAGCCGGAAGACGGAAUCUGAACUGCGAGCAAGCAUUUCCGGGCUGCCGAUUAGGACCGGACGUGGUGCAGCGGAUCAUCAAUAGUUCCAGCAGUAGAAGUAGAGCGAAUUGGUAG